AAAUAAUGUAGGUAAUGCUUAACUAUUCAACACCUGAGAAAGUUGUUUUGCAUUGUCUAGAGACCAUUAUAGCAGUUCGUUUUUGUCCAUAUUCACUCAGGGAUAUUUUUUAUUGAUUGAAGAGGAUUGUUCGUCUCAGAAUUUAUCAUGGGAAUCGUAAAGCGAAUUGCUUUCAGUAUCAUAAUGCUGGCGGGAACUUUUGCUGUUUCUCUGUAUGUAAUUUGGAUAUGGCUAGGAUUCGAACGUAUCCCAAACAAAGUAGAAGAUAUCAAUUUACUGCGUAAUACGACGUACGAUUUUAUAAUAGUUGGAGCUGGAACGGCUGGCAGUGUACUGGCGAGCCGUCUGUCCGCCAAUCCGAACGUAUCCGUGCUUCUCGUAGAAGCUGGGGACGUCUUCGGAGCGGCUUCCAUCGUUCCGUUGUUCAGCACAGCAAUGCAGCAAACCAAUUAUGAUUGGGCAUUUCGUACGACGCCACAGAAAUACUCAUCCCACGGGUUGAUCAAUAACCAACAAUUUCUCCCACGUGGCCGAGGGCUGGGAGGAUCGGGACAAAUCAACUACAUGCUGCACUUCACCGGGAUUAGAGAGGAUUUCGAGCGGUGGAAGAAGUUUGGAGCCCUGGACUGGGGAUACGAACAGAUGAAGCCCUAUCUGGUGCGGCAUGAUCAGGCAGUGGAGGGGAAGGUGGUAGCCCAGGAGGCGUGCUAUUCGGGAUUGAAGGAUGACGAAAUUUUCGAGCAAAACCAAUAUCCGUCGAUAGUGGCAAGCGUGGACAAAUCGACCACGCUCAACUUUUGCACCAACAAAGCCCCGUCCUGCACCUCUGACCCAGGACCUAAACUGCACAUCACCUCCGUCAAUCCGAACGAUAAUCUCCUGGCCAAAGCCUUCACGGAAGCCCCCAAUUAUUUGGGCCCAGAGCACGAUUUCAACGUAGCUCGGUACACAAUCCGAAAUGGCAUCCGCUGGAGUAGUUACCAUGAAUUUCUCCGACCGGCCUUCAAUCAACAGAAUCUGCAGAUCCUGACUCGAUCGAUGGUAGAAAAGAUCGAAUUUGAUUCCCAAAAACGUGCUUCUGCAAUUCUCGUUAAGCUUCCCGGUAGUAACGAUUCCAUCGAAAUCAAAACCGCAAAAGAAGUUAUCAUCUGCGCAGGUGCUUUCCAAACCCCGCAGAUAUUGAAACUGUCUGGAAUCGGUCCAGCUACGGAGUUGAACCGACACCGCAUUCCCGUCGUUCACGACUCGCCGAACGUCGGCCAGAACUAUUUUGAUCACCUGAAUCUACCGCUGUUCGUUUCGAUCAAUGCCACGGCGAGUGUCACGUUGGACAAAAUCCUACAUCCCCGAACCAUCGUAGACUACCUGAGCAAGGGGACGGGAGUGCUCGCCACAACUGCCGUGGCCGGAAUCGGUAGUCUCCGCGGGGGCAAAUUCGGAGUUAUCCUUUUCGGCAUGGGAAGUGUUGACGAGCAGGCCCUGCGGCAUGUGUCCAACCUGCAACAGGACACGUUCCGGGCGUUCUUCCCGUUGCAUCACAACGCCAGCCAGGAGGGUUUCCUAUUCCUGAACACGUGUCACCAGCCGAAGAGUCGGGGAGCGGUAUUCCUGAGGGAUCGCAAUAUCGAGUCCCAGCCGUUCAUCAAUCCCAACUACUUGAAGGAUCGCUUCGACGUGGACUGCAUGAGUGCCGCCAUUCGUUUGGCUGCGAAAACCGUGGAAUGUGAACCGUUUCGUCGGUUGGGCGCCAAACUGCACUGGCCACGGGUGAAAAGCUGUGCCAACUUUGGACCGUCCUCCGAGGAAGGUGUUCAAACCGAUCGAUAUCUGGAGUGUAUUUUGCGAGUCGCGGCCCUGACCGGGCAUCAUCCGGGCGGGACGGCCGCCAUCGGGCUGCACUCGGAAGCGGUGGUGGACAAUCAUUUGAGGGUUAACGGUGUCACUGGUUUGCGUGUAGUCGAUGCCAGCGUGUUUCCGGCACCAGUAUCGGGGACUCCCAAUUCGGUGGUCAUUGCCGUAGCGGAAAAAGCCGCUGAUAUCAUCAUGAAGGAUUUUCCUGAAAAUUAGGAGAUGUAAGUAUUUUAUCUCCGUUAUUUUGAAAAUUAUACUGUUUCGGUUAGA